AUGUCUUCUAUAGAUUUUGACCCAUCGAUAAAGUUAUGUCUAAAAUAUCUACAUUCGAGCGCUUCUGAUUCAACAGAACAAUUGCGUUUAACUCUUGAUGAUGUGAUUCGGCAGACGUAUGGUAAUUCAAAGACGCUUGGAAAUGUAUUACCGAAAAAGUACCUUAACGAAGAGAAAAUGGAAUCACCAUCCAGAUCUAAACACAAAAACGAGAAAAGUUCCAGCAGUGCAAAAACUGUUGCCAUACCACAACAAAGUCCUCAACAAAUACAAAUACCAGAGAGGGAGAGUGAUGAUGGUUCUGUUAUGGACUUUGACUUCUUACAAGAGGAUUUAACCUGUGUAGUUUGUAGGCAAAUAGCUGUGCAAGCUGGAAAUCGUUUAGUAGAAUGUGACGCUUGCCAUGCUUUGUAUCACCAGGAUUGCCACAAACCUGUUAUAAGUGAUAAUGACAUGUCCUCUGGUUGGCAAUGUGCAUCAUGUUUAUCAUCUCAGGGAUUUGCAGCUGGUUUUUCAAACAAGUCAUCAUCAGUAUCCAAGUCCCCUUCUCAUAUAUCUGGAUCUACUACUCCAGUUAAAAUAUCUUCUAGCAGCUCUUCAUCGUCUUCACCAUCUAAAGUUGUAACUCCAAAUAUCAAUAUAGUGUCUGCAGACAAAAGAAUACAAAUAAUGAAAAAGAAAGCUGCCAAACAACAUGAGAAAAAGAAAAGCAAA